GAAAUCUGAAACCUCAUCGGUCACUGCCAUCACUCACUGAGAAGAAGCAGAAGCGUGUUGGCGAGGGUCGAUGUUCUCGUCUCUGCUCUCCUCUCCGUGCGAGCUUCGGCUCCAUCUGCUCCAGAAUGCCGUCUUCCUGAGACCGCCAACGUCGACGCCGUCGGAGGACCAGCCGCCAACGACGUCAGACGAGGUAGUGCGAGGCCUGGUCGAGCUCUACGUUCCUAGUGAGCGCCGUAUUGAGGGUAUUCGUGUCAAGCUCCGCGCGGUGCAGAGCGUCGCGGUGCUUCCCGACCAGCGCGACAUGAUCUCCUUUGCAGGCGCAACACCGGUGUCCUGGGAGGACAGCGUUAUCAUGGAAAAGGUCGUUGAGAUCGGUCUGCCCGGUAAUCGGAGCCGGCUCAACAAUGGUGAUGCUGUCGGCGGUGCGUCGCAAGGAGAGCGGAGGGGCAGGAGCAGGGCGACACGGAGCCGCAACGCAAGUCGCAACGCCACGCCGACGAGCAGCAGGCCCGGGUCGCUCAGUCGCAGGCCCUCUGAUGGGCUGAUCCACCAGCACGACAGCGAUACAGAGCAUGCAGACCCCAAGAACAAUCAUGGCCUCGGCGGCCUCGGCGCCGCCUUUGCCAGGGCCAUCUCCAAGAGUCGACCAGCGAGCAGGGCAGGGAGCCGAGCAAACAGCCGCAACGCUUCUCCAUCCAGGGCGGGAGGUCGCAGCACAGAUCGGAGCCAUCCGAGCAGCGGCACCAACACGGCACAUCAGUCACCUCGACUUGGUCCCAGUCGAAGCAGCACCGAGUCGCCGCACAUCUCCCCAUCACAGUCUGCUGAGGCUCUCGAUCGCCGAGGCUCGACCUCGUCGACUUUACCCCCUCCCUUUACCGAGGUGCCAUCACCACGACCCUCGCCCACGGAGGAGGUCGAGUCAGUCCUAGCAGGAACCAUGUCACGGACUGGUCUCAGCAACGGUCGAGCGGAGAGUUCGGUGGCCCACCCUCACGAGAGGGACCGAGACGACAUGUUUGGUCUCUUUGUCAAUCCUCGAGGCAGGGGCGGCGCUGGCAACACUGCUGUGCCCUCUUCUACCACACGCUCUGCCACCAUGAGCCCCAGUCGUGGACUGGGAAGACGCCACGACGAGGGCAGGGGUCGGCUUCUGGGCGGCAGCAGCGGCCGUGGCGCUAAUGCGCGCGCACCGAGCGCUGAUGUGAUUGCCAGCACCACGCCUGCUCCCUCUGAAGAGCAUGGACUUGAGCUGGCAAAAGGUGUUCACGGCUUUGAAUUUGCCUUUAUCCUCCCUGCCGACAGCCCACCAUACGAAAGGAGUCCAUUUGGACGUGUCCGCUAUCUCAUCAAAGCCACUGCGUUGGGAGCUGGUCGAGCAAAGAGCAACAUCGAAGCUUGGCGGGACCUGUUCCCAGUCGUCAAUCCAGCCCAAGACGGUGGACCGACGCCGCUGACAGUGCUCUACAACGAUUUGCAUCCCACCGUCGGGCUGCUUUCUGUCGCAUGCACUGCCCACAACAUUUCCGUCGGUGGCGUCUUCAACGUCGACAUCCACUCACCCACGCCGCCCACCGAUCUCAUCGUGUACCUCGUGCGUGUUUCUGUGGAGACGUCGACGGAGCUGAGAACAAAGAAGAAGGGAAAGCAGCACGUCCCACCACAGCGCCACAAGCUCUUUGAAAAGGGCUGGGUGCCGCCUCGGCCAAAUGACCCCCACGGACCAGGCGAUGGCAAGAAGAGCGAAGGUCUGAUCAGGGAUCCUAGGCGGCCAGGUGCACGACCCGACGAUGCCUGGACGGUGCAAGGCAUCGCCCGGAUGCCCAACGACAACGUCGUCCGAAGCACAACGGUAGCGGGCACAAAGGCUUCUAUCCGCUUCACCCACCAGCUCCUCGUCGAGGUGGUGCACUCGCGCGAGCCCGAGAUGCCAGGCGAAGACAGAAAGCUCAAGGUGUUUGCGCUCAGGCAACCCAUCACGCUUCCAUCGUGCUGCGUCGCCCUCGAUGCCGUCACCCUACCCGCAUACACUCCUCGUGACGAAAGCACGAGGCCAGCCAACAUGCCCUACGACAUUGGCCUGCAGCGAGUGGGAGACCCUGGCGCACCGCGAACGCUGCCCCAGAAUUCGCCGUGGGCCAACACGGCCGUGCCCCAGCACGGGAUCCAACACGACUACUGCGUCUGCGGCCAGAGCCUGCAUGACCUCAGCGAGCGGGAACGCGCCAUGUUGCCGAUCCAGGCGGACCCCAGGGAUGUUCCGCUGGACGGCCUCCUUCAUCGCAAGAUCGGCGAGCUGCCCGAGCGCGAGUCUGGCUUUUCUGCCUUGGCACGAUCGGCCAGCCGGAGCAGCUCACGGAGCGGCCGGAGCGCCUCGUCGACGCGACGGAGCAUGUCUUCGAUCUCGAGGUCCAUCAGCCGCGUGCGCUCCUCGUCAUCGUCUAGGGGCAGGACGCCGAGCGUGCCGAGAAACACCGUGGGCCAAGGGGAGAGAGGUGAAGGCGUCAUCCGAUCCAUGUCGAGGGGCUCUAGGGCUCACGAGAUUCCGGGAGAGGCCCAGGGCCAUCACAUCGACGGCAUUGGGAAUGCUCCCCCGGCAUACCACCACGUCGUGGAGGAGGAAGAGGAAGACGGCGGCGAGGCCCACAACGUCUCCUCGUCUUCGGCCUCUGACGACGCUGGUGAUGCGGAAGAGGAGCGGAGGGGGAGGCCGGCGACGAGGGCUGCUGCCUGAGCGCAGAAUGUGGUGCUUGUACUAUACCUGUCGAUGCAUCCAAUCCAUAAUACCUAUCACGUCUUUUCUCACACAUUGAGUCACUUCGACAGGCCACAAUCCGGAAGAACAGCGGCAAUUACGUCGGGAGGACUACAGG